GCAAACCCUGUUUUUCAGUUCAAUUUUGUUUCCAAUGAGAAUGAGGUGUACUAUGCAUACCAACUCAUAAAUAAAUCAGUAAUCACAAGAAUGGUUAUGAAAGAAACCAACUAUUCUCGUCAACGCUACAUAUGGAUCGAAGCGGAUUCAACAUGGAGCCUGUAUGCAUCUGUGCCAAGAGACAGUUGUGACAAUUACAACCUUUGUGGUGCCUAUGGAAAUUGCAUUAUUGGUGAGUCACCCGUCUGUCAAUGUUUAAAAGGAUUCCAGUCUAAAUCACCUGAAACAUGGAACCCAGAGGAAUGGUCUCAAGUAUGUGUACGCAGUACCCAAUUGAACUGCCAAGAUAAAGAUAAAGAUGGGUUUGCUAAAUUUUCUGGGCUCAAAUUGCUGGAUACUACAAACUCUUGGGUCAACGAAAGUAUGAAUCUUAAGGAAUGCAGGAUCAAAUGCUUGGGCAACUUUUCCUGUAUGGCUUAUACAAAUUCAGAUAUCAGAGGAGGAGGCAGUGGCUGCGCCAUCUGGUAUGGUAAUCUAUUCGAUAUCAGACAGAUUUCAGCUGGUGGGCAGGAUCUAUAUAUUCGAAUGCCUGCUUCAGAAUUAGAGGCAGAUAAGCAUAAGAGAACGGUGGUGAUAGUGAUAUAUGUAGUUGCCACUGCCAUAGUUUCUGGGAUGCUACUAAUUGCCUAUUUCAUUUGCAACAGUAGGACAAAGUUUAGAGGUAAUGUUAAUUUCUCCAACUUCCAGAAAUCCUUAAUUUUAAUUUGAUUAGCGGUAGCUGUUUUUAGCAUCUCAAAGUCCCUCAAGAAUAGAAUUUUCUGAAGGUCCAAGUUGAGGGUGGCAGGACUAUUUCUUUGUGGAUGGAGGCAUGGUAGCCGGAUGGUAUUCUUUUUUAUAAGCAUGGUUUUAGGGUCACCAAUGAUGCCAGAAACAAAAUAGAUGCCAAACUGUCCAGUGUGAUCAAGGGAAGGGAUUGUAAUUGGUUUUCGGCAAGAUUUAAAGAUUUGGUGUCCAUCCAAAGCUGUUUGUCUUUUGUUAAAUUUGUUAUGAGAGACACCCCAUUGUGGCUGCCUUUGAAGAACCUGAAAUA